GUCAUACUUCCGUAUGUUCUCCACAGUCCUCUAACCACUCUUUCGCAUCAAAGAUGGCAGACAAGGAGGUGAAAGGAGAGUCAGAGGCAGCUUUCGCGAAGAGAAUUGAUCCGACGAAGGAGCCUCUAUCCGAACAACAAAUUCAGUUCAUCAGGAGAGUGGAGCUUGAGCAGUGGAAGAGGAAAACACAGAAACUUCGGGGCCGCAAUGUCGCAACUGGCCUGGCUAUCGGGGCACUUGUGAUGGGAAUCUAUGGUUACACGUUUUAUUCAGUGUCACAAGAGAGGAUAAUGGACGAGCUCGACGAGGAGGCUAAGACCGCAAGGACAAGGGCUCCAAAGACAGCAGCCAACUGAUGCUAAUUUUCUAUUGGACCAUGUGUCGUUUGUUUGUUGCACUGACAUGGAGAAGAUUACUAUAAAAUGACUGCCACUUUCCUGCCCCUGUCAGCUGGGAGCGCCACAUCUCAUAAAUGUCUUAAGAUCAAAUACCAGGUUUUUGUCCACUGAAACAUAAAGCAUGAAGCAUAGCUUGUUUAUGGUUUUUGAAACAAUGCUUUGUGAUUGUGGGCAGUACAAAUCAGUGGACUAAACCCUGUGACUUCUUACUGAUUUGCCUGAUUUCUUCAAAUGCCGGUUGCCCUUAAACAUAUUCUUCGAUUGAGUAUAUGUAAGAAAGUAUAGUUUGAAUCACGUCUUUUCGUCAUUUGUUCGGGAUCAUCAAAAUGUUGCUAUUAAAAUGUAUAAACGUAAAAUUUAAGGAAGCUUCCGACUGGGUACGAUGUGGAUUAACUUUUUAAGAGAUGCAGUGGCUUUGCAUUGAAUAUAAUCCCAAAUGACCUGCAUUACUGACAUGCAAAACCCAU